AUGAGUGUUUUAAACGCCAAUCCUACAGUCUAUGAUGUCAGUCUGCUACCUACGAGACAUCAAAAGAGAAACAAUGAUUUUAUGCUCAAAAAUGAGGACUUAUCACUUUAUAAAUUAUGUUUGAACGAUAUUGACACUUCCAAUGAUUUAAUGAUCAAAAAUACACAAUAUGCCCUUGAGGUGCAGAAGAAGGAUCUUUCAGAUAACGAUACAAGUUCAGUUGAGGAACUAUCUUCUGAGGAAUCAUAUUACGAUGAUGAUGACGAAGAGGAGGAGGAGAUCGAUUCAUUGGAAAUAUAUGAUUUGAUCGCUAGUAUUUCCGACCCAGAGCACCCUUUGUCGUUGGCAGCUCUCGGGGUGGUAAACUUGGGUGACAUCACUAUAAACUAUUACGAUGAGUCUAAAAAGGGAAUUGCGGAAGUUGUCGUGAAGAUUACUCCUACAAUUAACCAUUGUUCGUUGGCCACCUUAAUUGGCCUAGGCAUCAGAGUCAGACUUGAAAGAUGUUUACCACCAAGGUUCAGAAUAGUGAUCUUAUUAAAGGAAGGAUCACACCAAUCGGAAAACCAGGUGAAUAAACAAUUGAACGAUAAAGAAAGGAUUAGUGCUGCGUGCGAAAACGGACAGUUACUUAGUGUCAUUUCUACAAUGCUUUCUACUUGUGUUUGA